GCGAACAGAUUCCAAUCUCCCACAGUUAGACGGCAGUAAUCUCUCUCUGGGAUUGUGUGUGUGUGUGUGUGUGUGUGUGUUUUUCGCUCCUGCCCCGGUUGGCGGCAGCUCCCCACCAACCCCAACCCUCCUCCUUCAUUCAUCUAUCCCCUGGACAAUGUGAAGUUUCAGCUGACACUGGGACUCAGUCUUUCCUGAAGCCAUCCCCAGUCAAACAGCGCCUCUUCAGCCGUGUGCCUGGAGCUCGCUUCACAGCCCCCCGGUCAAUUCGCCAGAGAGAAAUUCUGUUGGCACAACAAUCUUAAUCGUUGGUGAUGGAGCCAAUGACAGAAGCAAUGCGGAAAUCCCUCCGAAAUCAAGCCCUGAAACCACUUCAAACCUGUCAGUUGCUAUGGAGCUUCAUUCUUCUAUUAAUUAUUCCACUUGCGGAAACAUGGAAACAGAACCUUCCAAGACUCAAGCUUUUUCAUAAAGAUUUGUUGGUCUCAAACAGCUGCAUCCCAUUCCUCGGCUCAGCGGAGGGCUUUGAUUUUCAGACCCUGCUGCUUGAUGAGGAGCGAGGGAGACUGUUAGUAGGAGCCAAGGAUCACAUAUUCCUACUCAACUUAGAUGAUCUGAACAAAAACAUCAGAAAGAUUCACUGGCCUGCAACCAAAGAAAGAGUUGAAAUGUGCAAAUUGACAGGGAAACAUCCUUUGAGAGAGUGUGCGAAUUUCAUCAGGGUCCUUCAUAAUUACAACAAGACCCACACGUACGUUUGUGGCACUGGAGCCUUCCACCCAAUGUGUGCCUUCAUUGAGCUGGGACCCCGGGCAGAGGAGCCGGUUUUUCGACUGGACUUGCAGGGUCUCGAGUCUGGAAGAUUGAAGUGUCCCUUUGACCCACAGCAACCUUUUGCUUCUGUGUUAACAGGGGAAUACCUUUACGCUGGUACAGCAUCUGAUUUUCAUGGUAGAGACACUGCUUUCUCCCGCUCUCUGGGACCUCCAGCCAGCCGGCAUUACAUCCGCACAGAUCUCUCGGAACAUUACUGGCUCAAUGAAGCCAAGUUUAUCGGAGCAUUUUCCAUCCCGGACACCUACAAUACUGACGAUGAUAAAAUAUAUUUUUUCUUUCGGGAAGCAACAGAGGACAGCAGCACCUCUGACCGGUCCAUUUUCUCCAGGGUUGCCAGGGUCUGUAAGAACGAUGUUGGAGGACAACGCAGCCUCAUCAAUAAAUGGACCACAUUCCUUAAAGCCCGCCUGGUGUGUUCUGUCCCAGGUCCUGACGGAGUUGACACUUAUUUUGAUGAACUGCAGGACGUGUUUCUGCUCCAUACAAAAGACGAAAGGAAUCCUAUUGUUUAUGGAGUCUUCACGACUACAAGUUCAAUCUUUAAGGGCUCUGCAGUCUGUGUGUACAGCAUGGCAGAUAUUCGUGCUUCUUUUAAUGGACCGUACGCUCACAAGGAAGGACCUGACCAUCGCUGGGUGGAGUAUGAUGGAAGGAUCCCUUAUCCACGACCUGGGACAUGUCCAAGUAAAACCUAUGAUCCCUUGAUAAAGUCUACGAAAGAUUUCCCAGAUGAAGUGAUUAGCUUCAUACGGUAUCACCCAGUGAUGUACAAGUCUGUGUAUCCAAUGACUGCGCGGCCAGUGUUUACCAGGAUCAAUGUUGAUUACCGACUGUCACAGAUUGUGGUGGAUCAUGUGGUAGCAGAGGAUGGACAGUAUGACGUCAUGUUCCUUGGAACAGAUAUUGGAACAGUUUUAAAGGUGGUGAGUGUCACAAAAGAAAACUGGGUUACAGAAGAGCUUGUUCUGGAGGAACUUCAAGUAUUUAAGGCACCUUCUCCAAUCUUAAACAUGGCGAUAUCUUCAAAACAGCAGCAAUUAUACAUUGGCUCACGAGAUGGUCUGGUCCAGCUCUGGCUGCAUCGAUGUGACAUCUAUGGCAAGGCUUGCACUGAAUGCUGUUUAGCCAGAGACCCCUACUGUGCCUGGGAUGGCAGCUCAUGUUCCCGUUAUGCGCCAGCAUCAAAAAGGCGGACUAGACGUCAGGAUGUAAAACAUGGGGACCCCAUCAGCCAGUGCUGGGAUCUGGAAGAAAAUAUGAGUAAUGAAGCUGAAGAGAAGUUGAUUUUCGGCAUUGAAUUUAACUCCACUUUCCUGGAGUGCAUCCCCAAAUCCCAGCAAGCAUCUAUCCAGUGGUUCAUUCAGCGCUCCCGAGAUGAACAUCAUGAGGAGAUAAAAACUGAUGAGAGGAUCAUCAAAACAGAACAUGGCCUUCUGAUUCGGAGUGUGCAAAGAAAAGAUGCUGGCUCUUACUUCUGUAGAGCUCAGGAGCAAACGUUUACUCACACCAUCGUGAGACUGAAUUUGAAAGUUAUAGAGAAUGAGCAGAUGGAGAGUGCACAGAAGGCUGAGGAUGAGGAAGCCAAGGGCAGGGAUUAUGCCUCAGAGUCUCGGCUGAGAUACAAGGAUUAUGUGCAGCUGCUGAGCAGCACCAGCUUCACAGUGGACGAUUACUGCGAGCAGCUGUGGUAUCGGGAGAAACGGAGACAGAAGAACAGAGCGGCCGGGAAAUGGAAGCAUGUUCAGGAGCUGAAGAAGAAUCGAAAUCGCAGACACCAUGCGUAAUCUCCAAUGGUUUGAAGAGAAACCUGAGCACUGUGGCUUUCUAUUCGAAGGAGGUGACAAAAACAUCAUCAAAUGCUGUUGUACUGUCAAUCCUGCUUUGGAGAGGUACAAGAUGCUUAUAAUAAAAUAAAGGACUUGCAAUUCCACAUAGUGAACUCAAACACAUCACAACCAAGACAGAGACCUCUUGGUCCGCAAUGUCAGUCUUCUUUAAUACCAUAUUGCUGAAGUAUUUACUGUACAGAGAAAGUCCAACUGGCCCAACAGGUCUGUGCCAUUGCUUAUUAUCGACACAAGCUCCCUGACUUUGCUUCAGUUCGUCCCAUUAAUGUUAAACUCUGAACAAAAAUGAAAUCUCUUGCUUUAAGUAUAUCAAUUACUCAGUUCAGGCACAUCCAUAAUGUGUUUACAGGUGAGAUGUGUAUAAAUUGUGAUAGGACAUUUUGUCUUCAGUCAUUGACCAAAUUAGUGAGGUAAACUUUUGUGGUAAAUUUUAAACAUCUUUCUAUAACCUGCCACUAUCAACUUAUGACAGGAACAUUGACAGAAACCCAUUUCCUAAAUGCUGUAAUAUCAAUUUGAAACUUUAAUGCAACUAAAAUACUUACACUGUUUUUGCUAUCAACUUAAUACUGUAUAAUGGAACACCAGAUAUGUAAUUCUACCGUUGUAAAUGAUAGCCUGUACUUAUGCAUGAGGAUUGAUGUUAAAUGUUAUGAGGAAAAUAAUUUACAUUUUUAUAGAUGGAUAUUUACAUGAUCAUUUUUUCAAUGUUGCAUCAAAAAGAACAAUCCCUGUGGUUGUUGACAUGAGCAAAAUUUGAUGGUGGUUCCAAUACAUUAACUAGCAAGAAAAAUGCCUUCUCUUCAAAAUGUAGUGCUGUUGAGAGCUGUAUACCAAACAAUCAGGGAAUGGUAGACUAAGCGGGGAUGCAGCCCAUUGGAGCAGAAGUCUGUGGGUACAGCCUGCAGACUUGUGUCUGAGAUUCCCCUCAUGGUGAAUUGCCACUAUUAGGUUAUCAAUGUAGGUAGUUGUGUGAUAGGAAAGCAAAGGAGCAAAAUGUAGUGAAUUGACUGCCCUCCUGCUAAUAACUAACAUCUUAUGGCAGUUGCAGGGAUAAUUUGGAAGAUUUCUUGCCUGGAUAAUAGACAGACUGAAAAUAGAUAACCCGUAAAAAGUAAAGUAUGAAGGAGCCUGUAAGUUACCAAUGGUCAAAUUCCAUAUUCCAAUUGCUGAUUGUCACCCUUUUAUCUAUUUACUUCUCCAAUCUGUUCUGCUGCUUUCCUAAUUUCUAAUGCAGGCGAAUAUAACAAGUUGGUUUAACAUACAUUUUAGACAGAAAAACUCCCUGUUACCCUAUUAUCAGAUAAUAUUUUAAGACUUCAUUCGUAUAGUUUAAGUGAAUGAAUUUUGGAACAUAUAUUACCGUAAAUUAUAUUCCUUUAGUUUAUUAUUUCUUUGUACUAAAUUAGUUGAACCUUGUUAUAGAUUUGCUAAACGUUAUGGGAUACGUUUUUAUUGUGAAGCCACUUUCAGAGUAACUGUUGCUUAAUGGUUAGUUCCUCCAGAAUUCUGGUUGGGGAGAUUUUCUCAUGUUUUCAGUGACAGGUAAUUGGUUAUGAUUGUGUAUGUCAAGGUAGAUCUCAUUCAACCCUGGCUCCAUGAGUUGGAUGAUUGUUUCAGUUCUUGUCAAGGAUAUUGGAUGGAGUACAAAUUCAUUUAGUUAAUGUUUCAUGGGAUAUGGUUGUUACUGGUAAGGACAAUCCUUAAUUGCUCUUGAAUGAUUAUCUUGCUUGGUCAUUUCAGAAGGCUAUUAAGAGCCAGCCAAUUUGUUGAGGGUUUGGAGUCACAUGUAGGUCAGACCACAUAGGGAGAGCAGUUUUCCCUCCUCAAAGGACAUGAGUGAACCCACUCAGUGAACUUUUGCAACAAUUGACAAUAAUUCCAUGGCCCCCCCAUAUAGAAAUUAACUUUCAAUUCCUGAUUUGUUAAUUGAAUUUGAAUUCCACUAACUGCCAUAGCAAGGAGUAAAUCCAUGCCCUCAGAACAUUGGUACAUUGACAUUAGUACAAUGCCUAUCUCCCACCAUUGAAUAACGAUGAAGCAUGUGGGAGACAGGGAAGGACAUUUCUGCUUCAGGCCAACUAGUUCAUCAACAGAGGGACAUUCCAAGAAAUGUGUGAUCAGGUUAAGAUUCUCACUCUUUAAUCUGGAACUCAAUGGACUCCAGAGUUUAAAAACCAGGUGGGAAAACACACCGACACUUCAUUGGAGGCUGCACUGAGGACGUUACCAAGCACAGUAACGAAACAUCUGCAGAACAACAAUCAGCUCAGCGAGCCAACCAACCUCAACACCCACAACCCGAGCUACAGAUCUACUCUAAAACCUUAGAACUAAAAUAUUCUUCCAAUGUUGAAAUUACAUGGCUAACUUUAAAAAAAAAUUGUUCAUUCAUUGAACAGUAAACUGCACAUUUUUGAGGGACACAGCAUAUCUUGGAUAGUUUCUAUAAAAAAAAGCCUAAUACUCUUAGUUAAUCCAUGCGUGUUGUUUGGAUUUGUCAAGACUUACUGGGAAGGGUGAAGUAAAAGCUGUAAGAGAAGUGAGUGUCUAAUGUCAUUGAGUCCUCAGAAGAUGGCAGGAUUUGCGUAAUAAAAUCUACAAAGCAAUUGAAUUGUUCCUUGGUGACCACUGUCCUUUGUAAAUCCCAAAUCCCUUUCUAUCCAAAAUGACCAUGAAGAAAGUCAGAUUAUCCACCAUUAUCAAUUCUGAUGACAGGUGAUCAUCAAAAGGCGAAAUGUGGAAAAAAUAAGAAAAAUAAAGAAUAUCUUGUCCAAUUUUAAGAAAGAUAUUCUUUAAAAUUAUUUUCUUUUCAUGUAAAGAUGUUAAAUAUGACGUCAGUAUAUUCGCAAACUGAGAUUGGAAUGUUAAAUGUAUAUUUUGGUAUUAUUUUAAUAAAGUAGAAAACUUGUUAUUUAAAAAAAACACCUUUUUUUAGAGCUGCAUUUAGUGAAAUGAUAUUCCAAAAGUGACCUUUUUUUGCAUUUAAAAUAUUAUUAAUAAUCUAUAUCUUCUACUUUCCUGGAUACGCUGACUUGGAUGAAAACCUUGAUGUGAGUAUUUAGGUGGCAAAGACUUUGAACAAA